UAUAUCAUAAGUAAUUUGAUGUGUAAAGAAGACGUUAACUAAUCAUUUUUCGGUAGUUAUAAUUGAAAAACAAGAUAAACAACAUGUUUUUCAUGUUGAAGUUGGUGUUAAUAUUUUUAUUACACGAAACGCAAGCGUAUAUUAUGCAAGAUAUCGAAAGAAUAUUGCUGCCGGCAUUGAAUACGACAGAGAUAGAGGAAAUACCACUGACUUUAAAAGUUUUUGGAAAACAGAUUAAGUUAAACCUGCGAAGAAACGACAAGAAUGUAUCGUCUACGUAUAAAGUAUGGAAACAUGACGCAAAAGACAUCACAAAAGAAUUUACAUGCAUCGGAUCCUUGCUAUUAUUUUCACAAAGAUCGUAUCAGUACUGCGGCCAUAAACGUUUGUCAGGAAUAUGGAUGGGAAGGAUUUGUUUUUUUCAAAAACGACACAUUAGAAAUUAA